AUGUCCUUGAAGCCAGGAAUCGUACCCUGCCAGACGAUGCGAGGCCACACCAACUGGGUAAAUGGUGUUGUGCACCUGCCCGGCGGACGAUGCAUCAUCACAGGUUCGAAGGACGGCUCGCUCCGAGUAUGGGACCUAGAGAGUGGCGCACAGAUAGGAGAGAAAUGGAAAGAUGAGGGGAAGCAUGCAGCAGUGUGGAGCAUAGCAUUGUCUCCAGACGGCAAGACUGUCGCAAGCGAAAGUGAUGGUGGGAUAGUGAGGUUGUGGGACAUCGAGAAGGGGGAGGUCAUUGCAAAAUGGACAGGGCACCCUAGGCAUGUGUGGUCAGUGUGCUGGAGUGCAGAUAGUGAGCGGGUAGCGAGCGGAUCCAUCGACGGGACGGCAACAGUGUGGGAUGUCAAAAGGGGCAAAACAGUCCUGAGAAUCCAGACUGGACACGCUUGGGUGUACGCGGUGAUCUACUCGCCCGACAAAACCAAAAUUACGACAGGUGGAGCAUAUAACGUAUAUGAGAAUGCAGCAAAGAUCUGGGAUGCAAAGAGGGGCAAGCUGCUCACCACACUCAAACACGAUCGAUUAGUUUGCAGCCUGGCAUGGACCUCGGAUGGACAGAAGCUUAUUACCGGGUCAUUAGGCUCAAUUAUGAUCUUUGAUACUACCACUUGGCUUCAAAUCGCCGUUCUUGAAGGUCACACUAAAAUUCCAACACACACAUCCUCGGUCAUCAGCAUCUCCUUGUUUCGGAAUGACCGCCUCCUUGCGAGUGCAUCACCUGAUUCCACAGCACAUCUGUGGAAUCUUGAUAUGAACCUCCCGGUUGGUCCACCCCUCCAGCACAAACAGGAUUUGACAUGUGCAGCCUUUUCCAAUGAUGGAAAGCUGCUAGUCACCAGUUGCAAUGACAAAAAUGCGUACGCGUGGGACAUUCACGCUAUCCUCGAAGAAGCUGGUCUAGAAGACCUCCUUUCCAUUCCCAAUGCACCAAAAAAUUGUCUCAAACAGAAGGCAAAUACAUUAUUUCAUGGCACUUCCGAGUCAGGAAAAGAGCCCAUUCCCUACUCCUUGCAGGACAUAGAUAACAUGUCAUUUUUGGAAUCCUCCGCAACGUGCGGCGCUGUCAGUGCUCUUCUCAGCCGAAUUUCGUCGCUCCUUCACCGCUCUCGAUCCAACAAUGGUCCACAUGAGCUCCUCGGUCGCAUGUCCUCAUUCUUGCGCCACUUCCAACCCAACACCGAUGAAGCAACCAAACCUCAGCGACCCUCAACUGGAUGA